ACCCUAAACCAAAUGGACCUCUCAGGCCCAAAACAGAAGCUCCUUGUCGUCAUGAGCGCCACCGGCGCCGGCAAAUGGCGGCUCUCGCUCGAUCUCGCCGCGAGGUUCCCUCCGGCCACGUUCGAGGUCAUCAACGCCCACAAAAUGCAGGUCUACAGAGGCCUCGACGUCACCACCAACAAGCUCUCUGCCUCCGAACGACGCGUCCUCGGCGAGUUCGACUCCCGCGACGGCGACCUCACCGCCGCGGAGUUCCGCCGGCUCGCGGCGCAGGCAGUGGAUGGUAUUCUCUCCCGGAGGAAGGUCCCGGUGCUCGUCGGCGGGUCCAACUCGUUCAUCCACGCGCUGCUCGUCGAGAGGUCCGACCCGGACGUCGUCGACGCGUUCGACGGCGAGGUGGCGGCGUCGUCGGAGCCCCGGUACGACUGCUGCUUUCUCUGGGUGGACGUGUCGCUGCCGGUUCUGACGGCGUACUUGUCGCAGCGAGUGGAAGAGAUGGUCGACUCGGGGAUGUUUCUGGAGCUGGCCGAGUUUCACGGGCAGAACCUGGCGGUCCGGAGCGGUAAAAGGAAGGCGAUCGGGUGGCGGAGUUCAGCCGUUGAGAAGGGGAGUGUAUGAGGAGGCGGUGAGGAGAUUUAAGAGUGUACCUUACACCGUAUUGCCUCAAAGGACCCAUA